GAGGAAGCGGGGGUGGGCCCAGAUCUCGGUGGCGGUACUCGCUUGGAGUAAAGUUGGAGACGAUCGAGGAAGGCGGCGUGGCUGUGCCUCGUCGAGUUGACCAGACGUGGACUUUGCGUAGUAGUGCAGAAACAAAUUGACGUGGAAGCUACCAUUUCUUCAGGGGAGUGGAUGUGUAAGGGACCCCAAGGUUUUGUCCUUUGAUGACCGUCAUCAACACAGAAGUGGGAACGUGGCUUCAGCAGAGGACUCGGAGUGGGGGCUGGUUCCUAUCAACAUGGCUCCUGACCAGGAAAAGAAAGAGUUGACGGAGCCGCAGCUAGAAUCUGGUGCUUCGAACAUUCAUUUGAGGUACAGCACUAUUACUCCACCAGCAUCUCCUGCUCCAACUGAGGAGAGCUCUCAAACCUAUCUAGAUGAGAAGAUCCCAAUCCCAGACGAUAGCUCGACUCGAUUUAGCUUUCGGAAGCUCUGGGCCUUCACUGGACCUGGCUUUCUGAUGAGUAUUGCGUAUCUGGAUCCAGGAAACAUUGAAUCUGACCUUCAGUCUGGGGCUGUGGCAGGAUUUAAGCUGCUUUGGAUCCUGCUGACAGCUACCAUUAUAGGGCUGCUGCUGCAGCGACUGGCUGCACGUUUAGGUGUGGUAACUGGCAUGCAUCUUGCUGAGGUCUGCCACAGGCAGUAUCCUAAGUUCCCUCGAAUUGUUUUGUGGUUGAUGGUGGAGCUGGCAAUCAUUGGCUCGGACAUGCAGGAAGUGAUUGGAUCAGCCAUAGCUAUUAACCUGCUGACUGUUGGAAGGAUUCCCCUGUGGGGCGGAGUAUUAAUAACUAUUGUAGACACGUUUGUGUUCCUGUUUUUGGACAAGUAUGGUUUGCGAAAACUGGAAGCUUUCUUUGGCUUCCUCAUUACAGUUAUGGCAGUUACGUUUGGAUAUGAGUAUGUGACUGUGCAGCCAGACCAGGGACAACUGCUGAAGGGCAUGUUUGUUCCCUUCUGCGCAGGCUGUGGAACCCGUCAGUUGGAGCAAGCAGUUGGCAUUGUUGGAGCUGUAAUUAUGCCCCACAACAUCUACCUACAUUCUGCUUUGGUCAAGUCCAGGGAAGUAAACCGAGCCAAUAAGAAUGAAGUGAAGGAGGCAAAUCGUUACUUUUUUAUUGAAGCCUGCAUGGCUCUGUUUGUUUCAUUCCUCAUCAACGUCUUUGUGGUCUCUGUGUUUGCGCAGGCGUUUUAUGAAAAGACGAAUGCACAAGUGCACAAUGAUUGUUUCAACCAGAGUGGUCCAUAUUCCAAUCUCUUUCCUCUGAACAAUCAGACUUUCGACGUUAAUAUCUACAAAGGGGGCGUUGUGUUGGGCUGUUACUUUGGUGCUGCUGCUCUCUACAUCUGGGCCAUUGGCAUCCUGGCUGCAGGUCAGAGUUCGACCAUGACUGGAACAUACUCUGGACAGUUUGUCAUGGAGGGCUUCCUGAACUUGAAGUGGUCCCGCUUUGCUCGUGUUCUCUUCACUCGAUCCAUUGCUAUCACACCAACUCUGCUGGUGGCAUUGUUUCAAGAUGUGGAACAUCUGACAGGAAUGAAUGACUUUCUGAAUGUUCUUCAAAGCAUGCAGUUGCCAUUUGCAUUGAUCCCAAUAUUGACGUUUACAAGUAUGGGCUCAGUCAUGCAUGACUUCGCCAAUGGUCUGGCAUGGAAGAUUGCUGGUGGAAUCGUUGUUUUUAUCAUCUGUACCAUUAAUAUGUAUUUUGUGAUUGUUUAUGUUUCGAGUUUGGGGCAUGUGGCACUUUACCUGAUUGCAGCCCUCAUUUCAGUUGCAUACUUGAGUUUUGUUGCUUACCUGGCCUGGUACUGCGCAGUCUCACUGGGGGUCUCCUUUCUGAACUGCGGACGCACGACUGGUUUCAGAACACCUAUGGAACUCUCUCUGCUGAGUGAUAUGGACAACCACACGUAAAUCCCACGGUGAUCUCAAGCUGACAGUGUCAGGAGGUUAAGAUGAAUCCCAUUCUCUGCUGCAGUCAUUAUGAUGAACAUCCCAAGACUAUAUUCACUGUUCAAGUGCAGGGGAACACCAAGGCAGAGAAUCUGUUUUUAAAUACCAGGAACAAUCAACAUUUCUUGUCAACAGUUUUAUUGCUGACAGAGAAUCCGGGUGGCACUUGUAUCAGAACUGCCCUUAGGCAAUCAUGUAACACAUUGAUUCGCAAGAUCAUGACCUGUGCAGAAUAGGAAAUAGUGCAGCAUUUUCUGGAGGUCCGGGGAAAGAUGCUUCCAGUUUUUCAGUUCCAAGGUGCAAAUCUCCACAAGGAUUGACUGGAGUUUCCUGGAUUGACUUGGAACCAUCAAGGCUGCUCAUGUACUGUGAAAUGUACACAAUGCCAUUCUGAAGCCUUAUAAAUAUAUUUGGACAGUAUUUGAAUCUGUAUUUGGACAGUAGAACAUAGAUGGAUUCCUAACGUUUAUGCAGUGUUGCAUUUGUUUUUGUCUGUGGAUAAAUGGGAAUUUGUAUAGACCUUUGGGUUGUAUCAUUGAAGCAAAUGGCAAGACAAACAUAUUCACAGACUUUCUAAGGGUAUCUGAAAAUGUACAGGGCGGGGCAUUGUGGGUUGGGAUGCAGGUUGAGCAUAUGGGAGAAAUUAUAUUUCGUGUCUCACAAAUCAUUUCCCCCAUGGUGACAUCUAACUGCACAGUGCAAUCUAACUGUCAUUGGUAGAUUGCCAGUGACACAUUGGACAAAGUCAGCAUUGUUCACAUAGAGUGAGAACUCUCCUGUAGCCAGUUGGCAGACUCACUGUUCCCAAUCUGUCUAUGGUUUCUUGCCUGCCCAGGCUAAGCUUUGUUUUUCUGAAUCUCUCUCUUCUGGGGAAGCAAAAGGGGAGGGAAUGAAGUCCAGAGGCAGGCUAUCCUACCAUCUGAGUUGCCUGCAUGUCUAAAAAAAAAAAUCCAUGAAAUCUAGAAGAUGAAUAGCUUCAAAACACUGGGGUUAAAUUAAGGAAGUUAUUGAGCCCAUCAUCCCAGAAACAGUAUCUCUUCUCACAAAAUCCAAUGUACCCCUUGGUUAGGUGCAUCCUUACCAUGAAGUACACAUGGCCUUCCUACUUGUACUUGCAAUAUGUAAGAUUCUGCACUUUUCAGAAUAAAGAUAAUU